UAAAAAAGAAACAAAGCAGCUCCACUACCAGAGGUAACGGUGGCUUGUCGUUUUGACUACACUCAAAAAUGGCGAAAGACUCUCCAAAACCUCCCAAGCCGUCGAAUCCAUCGGUAAGCAUAUGGGCAGCACAAUGUGGAAAAUGCUUCAAAUGGAGAAUGAUUUCAACACAAGAAGAGUUUGAAGAAAUCAGAAGUAAAUUUAUUGAAGAACCCUUUUUCUGCAACAAAAAGCCUAAUGUUUCUUGUGAGGAUCCAGCAGAUAUUGAGUACGAUUCAUCUCGAACUUGGGUUAUUGACAAACCCAAUACGCCUAAAACCCCAAAUGGGUUUAAGCGAAAUAUGACCCUGAGGAGAGAUUAUUCUAAAAUGGAUAUUUAUUAUGUUACUCCUCCAGGGAAAAGAGUAAGAUCUUCUACUGAGUUGGGCACUUUUCUUCAGCAAAAUCCUGAGUUCAGCGAUUUAUCAGUUUCAGAUUUCAGCUUUACCAGCCCCAAAGUUAUGGAUGACACUAUACCCUCUAGCGCUGUUCUUGCUAACUCCAACAAGAAGGCUGCAACUAGUAUCACUAAAUGAGGUAGUGGACGUAGUAGGUUUUUUUGUUGUGUUCUGUUGGUGCAGUUUUCACAGUCAUGUUAUUUGUUUGCUGCCAAUUUUUCACAAUAGCAUAGUUUUCUUGUAGAACAUCUUUCACAAAUGUGACUGUUCCACUUUUACAAUGUUCUUGAAUGGUUGGAAGAGCUUAUUUUUAUUUUGUAUAAUAUUAGUCUGACAUGAGUAUGGUUAGUGAGGAUUGAUACCCCAACUUGUUUGGGACUGACCAGA